UGAGGUCUGACUGGAUGUCUGGUCCUCAGGGCUCCAUGUGGACUGACAGGACCGGUCCAUCAGGUGAAGAGGCCUCUGAGGUGUCACCUGGAGGCACAGGGGCCCUGGCCACCGGAGCCCCCCGGAGAAAGUGUUGAGACUUUCUCUAUUGUCUCUGAACCAACCCGACCUGCUGGACCUCACCUGCUCACUGGCUCUCCGGGCCCCGGGGACGACGCUGCACCCCCCGGCAUGUUUGGCAUCUUAACCUGUCCAACCACCACACCUAGCUUCAUCUGGAGGCUUAAAAGGAGCCGACGUCCCAGCAGCCUACCAGCAGCCGACAUCCAGCCGACCAGCAGCCAUGACCUCCUUCUCCACUCGCAGCAGCUACGUGUCCUCUUCCAUGAGGAACCCCAUCAUGUUGGGCUCCUCCUCCUCCUCCCGCCGGGUCGGCAGCAUGGCGGCCGGCAGUGUGUAUGGAGGAGCCGGAGGAUCUGGAGUCCGUGUCUCCAAGGCCUCCUCCUUCUCCCUAUCCUCUGCUGCUGGCGCAGGUGCCGCUAGCAUGGCCGAUGACAUCUCCGCCGACAAGAAGGCCACCAUGCAGAACCUCAACGACCGGCUGGCCUCCUACCUGGACAAGGUGCGCUCUCUGGAGAAGGCCAACGCCGAGCUGGAGCUGAAGAUCAGAAAGUACCUGGAGAGCAGGGUCACACCGGAGGGUCAUGACUGCACUGCCUUGCACCUGCGCAUCAAAGAGCUGCAGGAAAAGAUCUACUUAGCUACUCGUGGAAAUGCCGCCCUCGUCCUCGCCAUCGACAACGCCAAACUGGCCACCGAUGACUUCAAAGUGAAGUACGAUAACGAGCUGGCCAUGCGUCAGUCGGUGGAGGCCGACAUUGCCGGUCUGAGGAAGGUCCUGGAUGAGCUGACUCUGAGCCGGGCCGACCUGGAGAUGCAGAUCGAAGGUCUGAAGGACGAGUUGAUCCAGCUGAAGAGGAAUCACGAGGAGGACCUGCUCGCUCUGAGGUCUCAGGUGAGCUGUCAGGUGAACGUGGAGGUGGACGCCGCUCCUCAGGAGGACCUGUCCACCGUCAUGGCCGGAAUCAGAGAUCACUAUGAGGGCGUCGCCAACAAGAACCGCAAAGACCUGGAGACCUGGUUCCAGGCCAAGACGACUGAGAUAAGCAAAGAGGUGGCUGUGAGGACUGAGACUCUGCAGACAACAAAGUCUGAGGUCGGAGAGCUGAGACGAACCGUUCAGACUCUGGAGAUCAAACUGCAGGCUCAGAUCAGCAAGAAAGGAGCUCUGGAAGGGACUCUGGCCGAGACCAACAGCCGGUACGCCAACAUGCUGGCCGGCUACCAGAGGCAGGUGGUGGCUCUGGAGGAGCAGCUGGCCCAGCUGAGGGCCGACCUGGAGCGCCAGGGGGUCCUGUACGCCGAACUGCUGGACAUCAAGACCAGACUGGAGCUGGAGAUCGCCGAGUACAGGAGGCUGCUGGAUGGAGAGACAGUCAGCAGCAGCAGCAGCACCACCACCAAGACGACCCGGGUGGUGACCAUCGUGCAGGAAGUCGACUCCUCAGGAAAGGUGGUGUCCACCAGCAGCAGUUAGACCAACAAUAAAACCAGUAACACCUUCAACCAGUCAGAGUCUGGAAUCUGGAAGCUGAAUCUAUGACUGAUACAAUAAAAAUAAAGUCUGACAUCGUCUCUGUGGCUCGUGUGAUUUUAUUUUACCGACAGAAGUAAAGAAACAAACACAAACAACAAAACAAUUUGAUAAAGUUACAGAAAGAAGAUAAAACAAAAAAUGGAGGAAAAGUCAAACGUAGGAAAAAUAAAAAAUAAAUAAAAAGAGAUG